AUUGUAAUCUGCCAAAAAUGUGUUGCAUUUCAAAGGCCAUUAAAUGUAGCCAUUUAAGUAUAGGUAGCUUGAAUUAAUGGAAGUAAAUUUGAAAUGUUACCCUAAAAAUAUACACUGAAUUACCGAUCGAGUAAAAAGAAUAUUACUAUGAAAGAAAAUGUUGAAAAUAAAAUUAUAACGUGGAUGUCGGUAUGACAGAGAUUUACUCGAUCACCAACCAGCCUCCGUUACAGUUUGCUCAUUUAUCGAGAUGUGAUCAACGGUAAACAAGUUUUACUCCAGUAAUAAUAUUUACAAAGAAGUUAUAUCGAGCACGUUCACAAUAUAAAUAAAAACUACACGCAUUUUGCAUUUUAAGAUUGUACCUAAUUAUUUAAAUCGAUUUACUAAUGUACGAGCAUCAACAUAACCUUAAAAGAUAGUAAAGAGUUGUCAACAUAACCUCAAAAAUAUUUUCAACUCAACGUGUUUAAAGUGAAAAUAAUUCACGAUGUCUAAGAAAAGGAAGGUAAAAGUGUACAGAGCAAAGAAGAAACAGCUACCUGAAGCAAAAGUAAUCGCAGAAUUACAAUUGAAAUAUGACAGUAUUGAUGAAACUAAAAUUAAAAAAUUUACGGAUCUUCCAUUAUCAAAGAAAACACAAAAAGGUUUGGCAGAAAAUAAUUAUGUUGAUAUGACAGAUAUUCAAAGGCAAAGCAUCGGACUUGCAUUACGUGGGAAUGAUAUUUUAGGAGCUGCCAAAACUGGCAGUGGAAAAACCUUAGCUUUUCUUAUUCCAGUUCUAGAAAUUUUGUAUUGUAAACAAUGGACAAGAUUAGAUGGACUUGGCGCACUCAUUAUCACACCAACUAGAGAACUUGCAUAUCAAAUAUAUGAAACAUUACGAAAAAUUGGCCAAUUUCAUGAUUUUUCUGCUGGUCUUAUUAUUGGUGGGAAAGAUUUGAAAUUCGAAAAGAAACGUGUGGAUCAAUGCAAUAUCAUCAUUUGUACCCCUGGUCGUUUAUUACAACAUAUGGAUGAAAAUCCAUUAUUUGAUUGUGUAAAUAUGCAGGUAUUAGUAUUAGAUGAAGCUGAUCGAUGUUUAGAUAUGGGUUUUCAACAAACCAUGAAUUCUAUCAUUGAAAAUUUACCUUCAAAGAGACAAACUCUUUUAUUUUCUGCAACACAAACUAGAUCAGUGAAAGACUUGGCUAGAUUGAGUUUGAAAGAUCCCAUGUAUGUAUCUGUACAUGAACAUGCCACACAUACCACUCCUGAAGCUCUUCAACAAAGUUAUAUUAUUUGUCCUUUAGAAGACAAAUUAUCAAUGUUAUGGUCAUUCAUUCGAAAUCACUUGAAACAAAAAAUCAUUGUAUUCUUCUCCAGUUGUAAACAGGUAAAAUAUAUGUAUGAAGUGUUUUGUCGACUAAGACCCGGUGUAAGUUUAUUGGCUCUUUAUGGUACUUUACAUCAACUUAGAAGAAUGGAAAUAUACGAAACAUUUUGCAAAAAACAGUUCGCAGUUUUAUUUGCUACAGAUAUUGCUGCUCGAGGAUUAGAUUUUCCUGCUGUAAAUUGGGUUGUACAAAUGGAUUGUCCCGAAGAUGUAAAUGCAUAUAUACAUCGUGCUGGUAGAACAGCUAGAUUUCAAAGCGGUGGUGAAUCGCUACUAGUGUUACUUUCGUCUGAAAUAAAAAUGGUUGAAAAACUGAAAGAACGUAAAAUUCCAAUAUCUAUGAUAAAGAUUAAUCCAAAUAAAUUGCAAUCGCCACAACGUAAAAUAGAAGCAUUGUUAGCACGAGAUGUAUCACUAAAAGAAAGUGCACAAAGAGCAUUUAUAGCUUAUGUAAAAUCAGUGUUUCUAAUGAAAGAUAAAGAAAUUUUUAAUGUUCGUGCAUUAAAUACUGAUUCGUUUGCAAGAUCUUUAGGUUUAGCUAUACCUCCAAGAAUUAGAUUUCUGCAAAGAAUGGAACAGAAACAACAAUCAUCUACCAAAAAUACUAUAAGUGAUCAGAAUGAUGAAAAUAGUGAAUCAGAUAAUAGUAAAAAGCAAGUGAAUUCUAAUUAUAGUGAUGAUGAUGACUACAAGGAGAAAAAGGAAGUCAUAUCAGAACAAAAUACAAAUAAAUUUACGUUUGAUGACAGUGACAAUGAUGACAUACUUACUAUAAAAAGAAAGAAUGUAGACAUUGAUGAUAUAGUGAUUAAUGAUAAGGAUAAUGAAGAUGAAUAUUCAAAUAAAAAGAAAGUGGUUACAAAAGCAGCAGUUGCUAAAAAAAUCUUAAGGAAAAAAAUAAUACCUAACAAGAAAACUACUUUUGACGAUGAAGGAAAGGAGCUAUUAGAUCCUACUAAAGUUAAGAUUUCAGAAUUAGCUAAGCAAUAUGAAAAUGAUGUAGAUUCCGGCAUUAACAUAGAAAUAGCUAAACAAAUAUUGCGUGAAGAAGACCGAAUCGAUAAGCAACGUUUUAAAGAGAAAGUAAAAGAAAAGCAUAGAGAAGAAAAACGGAAGUUAAAGGCCAGCAAAAAGAAAAUAGAAAAUAAAAAUAGCGACGAGGACGAAGUGCAGGAAAGUGCAAAUGAUGAUGACAAUAGUGACAGCGAAUAUAGUGCACCAGAUUUAUCAUGGUUACCAGACCCAGACAAAAUUUAUGGUAAACAACAAGACGAGGAAACAAAUUGUGAUAUUGCAGAUUCAGAGGAAAGUGAAAAGGAAACUAAGAUACAUAGGCCUCCUAAAAGGAAACUUAUGACACAGAAGGAACACAAGAAAAAGAAACAAAAAAUAUCUCUCGAAAUCGAAAACACAAAUUUAAAAACUGAUGAGGAAUUAGCAUUACAACUUUUACAAAACUGAAUCACUUGUUACAGAAUAAAAUUUUAAUCCCUUUUUUAUAUACUUUACAAUGUUGUUAAUAAUAUUUAACAUUGGAUACUUAAAUUGUUCGUGUAUAUCAGCUGUUUCAUGUCCAAAAUUAGAGGAUUUAAUAAUAAAAUACAUUACAUUCAUUACUAAAUUUUAGCAUAAUCAAAUUUGUCAUCAAGUUUGAUGAAUUCCUAUAGUUACAGAGAUUUAAUAAAUAUAUUUAAAUAUAAAUAUGUAUAUAGUACAAGAAAGUGUUUUUAAUGAGAUGUAAGUUAAAUAGUACUUUACAUCUCAAAUUCGUCCCAUAAGGUAGUUAUAAUACUUCAUCAGCUAUCUACAUUAAGUUUGAUGCUUACAAUGCAUAUUUUAUAGAAGUUAAAUUUUAAUAAUCCAAUAUACAAUCUUGUUUUA